AUUCCUUGACUCGGAGGUGUAGCGUUUAAAAUCUUGGGCGACUCUCUCGUAACUUUUUGGUGUAUUUCUCGCUUUGAAUUUUAAAUAUAUUGAUAUUAUCGCAUCUGGAGAUUAAAGUCAAUUACGUCCAGUAUGGUUAUGGCUGACAAGCCUACGGAAAACGGUGUCCGAUCGAGGGUAUCCACUCCUAUCGACUAUGAGUCUCCGGACAGCAUCAGUGGUGCCAGUGACAUAGAAAAGGAGUCGGAAAGUGAGGGAAAGAUCAAAGUUGGCCAGGAAUAUCAGGCAAGAGUGCCUGAUUUGUUGCCAUCAAAUCAGAGGAAACCAGAAAAAUGCACUGAAAGAGGACUUCUGAUGUGGGCACCAAGCUCCAAGGCAUCUGAUGAGAUGCUUGAAAGAUACUUGAAGAAGUCAAAGGAAAAGUACAAUUACACCUGUGAACAGGCAUUGGGAAUGCUUUUCUGGCACAACUACAACUUUGAAAAGGCAAUGGCAGAUCUUCCAAAUUACACACCUCACCCAGAAGAGUGGACUGUUGAGGAUAAGGUUCUGUUUGAGCAGGCAUUCUCCUUUCAUGGAAAGAACUUCCAUAAAAUACAUCAGAUGCUUCCAGACAAAAGCAUACAUUCACUGGUGACUUAUUACUACUCCUGGAAGAAAUCAAGAUCAAGAGCCUCACUGAUGGAUAAGCAGGCAAGGAAGCUUGCCGCCCAAAGGGAGGACGGCAACUAUCAGAUUUCAGAUCAGAGCAGCGACAGUGAUGAUGAAAACAAGGACUCAAGUGAGACAGAUAAUGGUGGCAAAAGUCAGUGCUCAAACUGUGGCAUUGCUUGCCUGAUCACAAACAACACUCAAAAGGGCCUGAUGUGCAAUACAUGCUACAACUACUUCAAGAAGAAUGGAGCACUGAGGCCAACCAUUGGUCCAAUCAAGGGAGAAAAGAGGGACAGGCCCCACUCAAUGACCCGCAAGAAGUCGCAGUUGCCAAAGGGAAUGCAUGUGAACCAUGAGGACCUGAUGCAGUGUGCCAAGCCUGAUGGGGGUGAUACCAUCAUUCAGACCAUGGAGCAGGAAAUCACUGGGCUGAAGAGGCACAUCCAGAACAACAAGCAGACCAUCAGCAUGCUGAAGAGGAAGUCCUGGCUGAACGUCGCUCCCUACAGGACAUCUGUGGAGGCCUCUGUGAAGAUCAACGCCAGAUGGACCAACGAUGAGCUCCUGCUGGCAGUCCAGGGUGUCAGGAAGUAUGGCAAGAACUUCAAGAGCAUAGCAGAGGUGAUUGGCACUAAGACAGAGCAGCACAUCAGGAUGUUCUUCACCAACUACAAGAGGAAGUACAACCUGGACAGUCUGAUCAAAGAGUUUGAAGAGGAGAAUGGCCCCAUUCAAGAUGCUGAUACCAAAAUGGAGGUGGAUGCCCCAGCCAGCACUGGCUCUUCAGUGAACAGCAGUGGAGGCAACAGCUCCCCCGUCACCACCACAGCAGGCAGCAAGCAGAGCUCGCCGGCAGUCUCCCGCCACUGACCCCGGGACAGGCCCAGAUCCUAGCUAAGUUUACUACCUGUCAGUCAUGUCUGUGGCAGGGCUGCAUAGAGACAGAGUGUCGCCCAUCCUUGCCAGAUUGCUGGAGAUGGUUGUCAGUUACCUCCAGGGUGAGUGAAGCUGAUGAAUAUACACUUAUCAUGACAGAUAAACUGGUGUCAGAGUUAAUGCACAGGAAAAUGUCAUUGUGGUGUGUGUGCUGUCUCUAGGGUAAAGGACUGUGAGGUGUCUCUUGUCAGAAUAUGCUGCUUAGAACAAGUGUGUUUGUACAGCUAGCCCUGUGACCCACAGUAGGCUCUGCCUGCUCUCUGGAGAGUAUGCCCUGUCUGAAUGUACCAGAAAUAUGUAUCGGUGGUUCUCUGACGCCCAUCAUAUCAGAGAUUUCUAAUGAUGGUGUCAAGAACCAAGGGUUAUCUGUAGACAUUUGUGUGUACGAGUGUUUGAGUAUGUUGUAUAGUCCAUAAAAUGCUGACAAGCUGUGUGCUCCUGAGCAUGGAACUGACUUGUUCUUGAGCAUGACAGGCCUGUGUGGUGUGACUAUUAGUAGAUUUUGUACCGCAACAUUUAGAGAAUAUCUGCUUUAGGCUAUUUGGUCUGCUUAGUGUGCUCCCAUUAUUGUAGUGGUAUAGGUAUGUCUGGCCAGAAUAUAGGGUAUGGUAUGAAUCUUAUUUAUGCAUGCGUGACUGCAUAGCUGAGAUAGGUAAUAUGUAACAUUAUGGAAAAGUAAGCAUUAUUUCAAAACCAUUAGGUUAAAGUGUGUGUGGACCCAUUUAUAAUAGUAGUGUGAAUAGUGACUCAGCGUGUCUGUCUCGAUCGGUGUACCAGUAUCGUGGAACUGCUACACCGUCAUACACCGUACCCCUGCCCGAUUUCCUCCCAGUCAGAGAGACUACUUCCUUUUCCACUGGAAGCAGUCUGCGAGGGCGCCUACUUACAGUCCAGCCCGCGUCACCGGAAAGUUGAGCUUUAGGUUAGACGAUUGUGUGUGGGUGGCCGCCGGACGUGUGCAGUUUUUCACCCAGAGAGAUGACUGACCUGCACUCGCGAGAUGCGAGGUUCGUAAGUGAAAUGACGCAUGCUGAUGUGAGGUGUGCCUGGGACCUGAGUUAUGUGCGCCUGUUACGUCCGCCGGACAGCCAGCGCUGGUGACGUCGCUGUCCCCUGUGUAAACUCUGUAAGAUCGUCACGGUUAUGGUCCAUCCGUCCGGCCUCGCUGGCGGCAGCUCAGAAACUGGGCGGCACUCCACCCCCGUAACAGCCGUGUCUAUCGGGUUACGAGUGUGUCUCCAGCGGGCGGCGGGACCGGGCAGGUCUGUCGGCCUAUCGUGGAGAGACUGCACCCUCCGACUAGCCCGGCACGGGGACGGAGGGAGAAGGAAGCUCGACGAAGGACGGAGGAAGCCUGUCUCGGCCUUACGCUUCGUUCGGCAUUGCGUGGCCGCUCUACUACUCACUUGUUUGUAUGCGUGUAAGUUUGUGUGUGUGUGUGUGUGUGAAUUUUUGGUUUGACCCUCAAUAUACGGAAGGCCUGUA